UGCGUCACUGGAAUAAUGGAGGACUGUCUUCCCCACUCGAACUGAUGAUGUCGGUGUUUCUACUCUUCUACCUGUGACCCGCGAGUGAAAACAAGUCGUCGACACUUCAGCGCGUGUGAAGUUGACGUCAAACUAUUAGGACAAGAUGACCACAGACGCGCAAUCCCAAACUGACGCCUCCAAGGUGAUGACGUUCACACCCUCGAAAGAGGAGUUCAAGGACUUCAGCCGCUACAUUGCCUACAUGGAGUCACAAGGAGCUCACAAAGCUGGAAUGGCAAAAGUUAUUCCACCUAAAGGCUGGAAACCCAGGCGAACGUAUGAUGACAUCGAUGACCUGGUGAUUCCUGCUCCUAUUCAGCAGGUAGUGACGGGUCAGUCAGGGCUGUUCACGCAGUACAACAUCCAGAAGAAACCGAUGACCGUCCACGAGUUCCGUAAAACCUCAAACUUGGACAAGUUCUGCAUUCCCAGAUAUGUGGAUUUUGAUGAGCUGGAGAGGAAGUUCUGGAAGAACCUGACCUUCAAUCCACCACUGUAUGGGGCUGAUGUUAGUGGAACGCUGUACGAUCCUGAUGUGACUGAAUGGAACAUAGGUUGUCUCAACACCAUUCUGGACACCGUGGAGAGUGAGAGUGGCAUCAAGAUCAAAGGAGUCAACACGCCGUAUCUGUACUUUGGGAUGUGGAAAAGUGCCUUUGCAUGGCACACAGAGGACAUGGAUCUGUACAGCAUCAACUACCUACACUUUGGAGAGCCCAAAUCCUGGUAUGUGGUUCCACCAGAGCAAGGGAAAAGACUGGAACGACUUGCCAAGGGUUUCUUUCCAGGAAACAAUCAGAGUUGUGAAGCCUUCCUGCGCCACAAGAUGACUUUAAUUUCACCCUCGAUUCUGAAGAAAUACGGCAUACCAUAUGAGAAGGUCAAUCAAGACGCGGGACAGUUUGUCGUGACCUUCCCGUUUGCUUAUCACGCUGGUUUCAACCACGGCUACAACUGUGCCGAGUCCACCAACUUUGCCACCAAGCGAUGGAUUGAUUACGGCAAACAGGCAACACUGUGUUCGUGCCGUCAGGACUCUGUGAAGAUCUCCAUGGACGUGUUCGUACGCAAGUUUCAGCCCGACCGCUACAAGUUAUGGAAAGCAGGGAAAGACACCGCACCCAUUGAUCACUGCAAACCCACACCAGAGGCUGCAGAGUUUCUGAAAGAAGAGCAAACCCAGGCCUCUGAAACACAGGCCUCUGAAGCUGUGUCUGAGGACAGCACUAGUCUGGUCCAGGAGGACAGCACAGAUCCGGUCAAAGAGGACAGCACAGAUCUGGUCAAUGAGGACAACUCUGGUCCAGUCCAGGAGGACAGCACAGAUCCGGUCAAAGAGGACAGCACAGAUCCGGUCAAAGAGGACAGCACAGAUCUGGUCAAUGAGGACAACUCUGGUCCGGUCCAGGAGGACAGCACAAAUCCCGUCAAGGAAGACAUCCCUGAUCCCGUCAAGGAAGACAUCACUGAUCCCAUCCAGGAGGACAUCACUGAUCCCAUCCAGGAGGACAUCGCUGAUCCCGUCAAAGAGGACAACAGUGGCCUGGUCAAGGAAGACAUCACUGAUUCUGUCAAGGAAGACAUCACUGAUCCCAUCCAGGAGGAUAUCACUGAUCCCAUCCAGGAGGACAUCACUGAUCCCGUCAAGGAAGAUAUCGCUGAUCCCGUCAAGGAAGAUAUCGCUGAUCCUGUCAAGGAGGACAAAAGCCCAAAGACUCAGACUGGGACAAGGACUCGAACUGGGACAAAACCUCAGACUGGGACAAAGCGUCAGCUUGAAGUAGCUGAAGAUGUCAAACCUGAGGUGAAGGAGACUGAGGGGGUGGAGUCAAAGAGAGCGAAGCUGUCCCGCAAAGAGUCUCCAGCUAAAGUCUCUGUCAAGCCAGAAAAAGACACCGUAAAGAUCAAGUCGGAGCCUAAGAAGGAGAAGGACACCAAGCAGCUGACGAAAUCUCAGUCUAAAGCCAGUGCUAAAAAAGGCUCAAAUCGACGAAGCCCGUCAAAAAAAGAGAAGAGCAGUGAACCAGCUGCAGACGUCUCUCCUCCUGAGCCUGUUGAGAGCCAUACGGUGGCUCUGAGCUUGGGGGAGGAGGUCGCCGCCGGCAGAGUUGAGCCUCCGCUGGACAACACCUGCAGCCCGGCACAGAAACAGUUUCAGAGGACGCUGAGCCCCGCAGAUGUCCUGCACGUCCACAGCUACGCCAAAGGAGACUAUGGAGAGGUAGAUGUCCCGCUCAAGGACAAAAAGACGGAGGAUGAUGACGACGACGACGAUGACGACAGUGAGGCGGUGCAAGACAGCAAAGCACAGGUGGCAGAAGAGGCCAGUGAAGAUGGAGAGGUGCAGUCAGAGACUGAUCUCGGACAGCUGCCAGGCCACCAUCCACUCAUUAAGGACGGCAUGAGUGAUGACGAAGCACCAGAAGUGACCCCUCCAGUAGAGGAGGGUGGCCUGGAAGGGGAGAACUGGGCAAAGCCCCUGACUCCCCUGUGGCAGAGCAGACCUCCAAACCUGAAGAAAGAGAGAGAGUAUAACCAGCGCAUGGGCUCCAAACCGCCAUACUGCUCCAUCUGCUUGUUGUUCCACACGUACCAGCAGACUGAACGUGCCAACACUUCAAACAGUCCAGUCAUGGCUCCCGGUGGACGGAUGAGAACCAAACCUCUGAUCCCAGAGAUGUGCUUCACCACCACCACAGAAGACGACGCGGAGAGCGAGGAGCAGUACGUCACACCUCACCUGGAGGAAGACGGCACUAGCCUCCUCAUCAGCUGCUCUCAGUGCAGCAUCCGGGUCCACACCAGCUGUUAUGGAGUGGAUCCAGCCAGUGUGAGCAAGGAGUGGAAAUGUGCUCGCUGCAAGGCCAACGCCAUGACUGAGAACUGUUGCUUGUGUUCACUGAGAGGUGGAGCUUUGCAAAGAGCCAACAACAGCAAGUGGGUACAUGUGCUGUGUGCACUCGCUGUGCUGGAAGCACGUUUCGUGAACAUCACUGAAAGAAGUCCUGUGGAUUUAAGUGGAAUCCCACUGCAGAGAUUUAAACUGAAAUGUUACUACUGUAAGAAGCGGAUGAAGAAGGCGUCUGGCUGCUGCGUGCAGUGCUCUCACGGCCGCUGUCCCACUGCCUACCACCCCACCUGUGCACAGGCUGCUGGGGUUCUCAUGCAGCCGGAUGAAUGGCCCUUCGUGGUCCACGUCACCUGCUGUCGACACAAAGGCCCAGCUCAGAUCGAGCGCAACAAAGCAGCCAUGCAUGAGCUGACCGUGGGACAGAGGGUGAUAUGCAAGCACAAGAAUGGCCGCUACUACCAGUGUGACGUGGUGCAGCUGUCUAAAGAGACGUUCUACGAAGUCAACUUCGAUGAUGGCUCGUUCAGCGACAAUCUCUUUCCUGAAGACAUUGUGAGCAGAGACUGUGCUCAGCUUGGACCUCCACCCCAGGGUGAAGUGGUUCAGGUGCGAUGGACGGACGGCCUGGUGUACGGGGCCAAAUUCGUGGCAUCUCAUGUCAUCCAAAUGUACCUGGUGGAGUUUGAGGAUGGGUCACAGCUAACGGCCAAGAGAGAUGACGUCUACACUCUGGACGAGGAACUGCCCAAGAGAGUCAAAUCCAGACUGUCCAAAGCAUCAGACAUGAGAUUUGAUGGCAUCUUUGAAGAGAAGGAGAUCAUCAAGGUGUCAAAGAGACAGCGAGUCAUCAACUCACGUUACAGGGGCGACUACAUAGAGCCUGUGAUUUACAGAGCCAUCAUGGAGUAACGCUCACACACACACACACACACACACACCAGCAGCACUGACACACGGAACUGUGCUCACUGUACCUUAACGUAGCAGUUAGCCACUGAGAGAGUGUAGCUCCACGUGACUUCCUUCAAGCCCCGAUUUAGACUGUUCUACUUUUUACUUCUCAUUAUUUUCUAUACAUCAAAGAGAAUUCUGUUGUAUUUUGUUUGUUAUUAAAAGCAGCUGUGUAGUUUUUUUUUGUUUUAAUAGGUCUCCACUCAGCAAUAUUAACAUUGGCAUUCAACUUGGUCACAUUUACCAGUAAAACACCCAUAAAUAAGAGCAAAAGACACGAGGCAUUUGAGUGUACUGGAGCCUAAAGCCGCGAGUUUAUAGCAGAAUAUUGUUCUUGUGUCAUUUGUUUCCUGCUGCCAUCAGUGCCUAUGACAAGAAAUCUGACAGGUUAUCAAAGGAGAAACGUUUAAUUCAUUUAUGUCCACACAUUUAUGAAGGUGACAGUUUCUUAAAGGUUCAUUAUGAAGUUAUUCGUGGUAAUGUGUAGUCACUCAAUUUACGAUGAUGACAAACCCAGCUGACAGAACUGUGUGUACUAUGUUAACUGACUAGUAUCACCAUCGACCAGUAGACUGAAAAUACUGAGCCUGGCCUGUUUUUAUAGGUUUGACUAAGAUGGAAACUUUUUUAAAAGUUUGCAUAUUAGUUGUAUACACAAAAACAAAAUGGUGGCAUUUCACUCCUGUUUCCCUCGUUCUCUGAAGGAAGAGCUGUUGCUUUCAUAUUUGUCAUUAGUAGAAGAAUGUUCCAUUUAUACUUUUAAGUACUUCAAGAUUAGGUUAGAGGUACUAAAUAUUCGAUUCUGUCUAUUUAUUCUUGAAAUGCUGUAAUAACUCAUUUCCUGUCAAUUGAUCUCAACUCACAAAUGUUUUCACCUGCGAUACCUGUCACAUUUCAUGUGUGAAGAAUGCUAGCUUCAUUAAAUACAGCUUUUUUAUAUAUACAUACAUACAUACACAUAAAUAUGUAUGUAUGUAUGUGUAUACAUACAUAUAUAUUUGUCGUUUUAAAAAAACAAUGCAUAUUUUAACUUCUCCACCGACUUCAGACCAGGUUUUUUUGUUGGUCAGUGGCUCAAUGCUGCCUCAAGAUGGCGGUGUGUCUUAAAUGAUGUCUUAAACUAAUGAUGUGAAGCAGAAUCUCUUAACUACUAACUCAUGUAACGACGGAGAUGUUUCUGCUACAGUUUAACUUCUCCGAUACCAAUAACUGAACCGAUACAGUCCUGAUCCGAUAUCACUGAAUAUCUGUAAGUGAACAGUAUCUGAACAGCUGUCAUUGUUAUCACAUGACCUCAAUUUACACAUAAACAAGACAUAACACAAAGAGAAUAAGUGUGCAUAUAGUCAAUUAUUGUUUACACACGUUAGAGAGUCACUUACAACGUCUACUAAAAUAUUAACCAGCUCCUUAACUUGUUGCUAAGGGGAAAGUUUGACUUUGCCUCUUAGUAGUUAUCCCUGAGGAAUUCAACAUUGCCUACAGUGAAGAAGGUGUUUAAAUUGCAGCUGACAUCUUUGUACAGCCUCCAUUCGAUUCUAUAAUUUGGUUAAAUACACUCUGCAGACACAUCUCUGCGUCUUUGGCCGAUGCCCUCCCAUAAAUAGUCAGUCGUGCUGACUUAUUGAAAACCAGCACCAUGACCGUGUUUUUAGUCAAUGACCAUGAGUGAGUGAUAGAUGACAUUUAAAAGAGUUUAUAACAGUAACUGAGAGACUAAAUGAGUGAUAAAUCCCGUUAGCUCCACAGCAUUUGGCUCAGACAAUCAGCGUAGCAACACGUCCGUGGAUAAAAAUGAAGCAGCACUAAUGGUGUGUUAGCCGGCACGGCGUGGUUAAGUUGCGUUUCCACUAGUAUAGUACCUGGUACCUGGUGGUUCCAAGCGAGCUGAGGUGAUACAAGGAUCAAUCUUCAACAUUUACCAGGAAAAUGACUAAAAUCUCAAUAUUUAACAGAGGAGUGUGGUGUAUUUAGGGACAGCACUGCUGAUCACAAACCCUGUGGCUGUGUCAGACGUACUCUGUGCUCCGGUCUUGGAGGAAGUACUGAACAAAUAGUUUUAUUGAACUGAUUCUAAUGAUUCAGUUACACUGAAAACAACUGCUUUACAAGUCACUAGUGAAAGGACGUCACCGCAGUUUGACGCAGCCGUGCAGCUAUAACUCCGCCCAUGUUGAGUAGGUGCUAUUUUUGUAGUGGAAAACCAACCUGUGCCGUGCCGUGCCGCGGUGAGGUGAGGUGAACUGGGACCACGACUGAUUUACUGUGAAACAAAUACAACACAAGUUAUAUUAACGGUACAAGAAGGAGUUGAAAUUCUGAGCUCCAGCUACGAUGAGAACGCAGCUUUAGAGCAGUUGGUUAGUAAGUUAUUUCUGGUUGUGUUGCAUUUAUGUUAUUGAGGCAAAAGUAAUAUACUUUAAAGACAUGGUGUUUAUUGGUGCAGUUGGGCAUUUUCACUUCUGGUAUUGGUAUCGGAAACCUCUCUACGCAACUCCUCUCUUUUUUGCCGAGAUAUGGCCCUGUACCCAGAGCCAUAUUUAGUUUUCUUAUUGUUCUUAUUAUUAUGAUCCACAUUAUUAUCAUCACAGUGGGAGAAAAGCAUUUCCAUAUAAGUUACAUAGUUAAAGACCAAAAAAACCAAAACUAGUCAUACGAUAGUAACUCAUUUACUCGCUGAACAUUUUAAUAAAACUUCAUGGAACAAAACAAUUGUUGGAAUAAUUUGACUCAAGUAAAAUUAUUUGACAACAACAACAAUAAUAAUAAUAAUAAAAAAAGUAAUAAAAUAAUUGCACUGAUAUGAUCCUUUUCAUUAAAGGAAUACUUCACCUAAAUAGGUUUGUACCAGUACCUUUCACGGACUGCGAUCAUGUGGCAGAAAGUUUGUACUGGAGAGCCUUGAUGAAAACAAAAGACAGCAGCCAUUUUUGUGAAACAAUGACGUUGCUGAUAGUUUUAUUUAGAAACGAGCACCGUUUCCUGGUUAUUUGUUUAAUACAUUUUUGUAUUUUUAUAACUUGAUAUUCAGGAAACAAAAGAGUCUGAAGUGGUUCCAUGUUUCCAGAAGCAGUGUAUGAACAUUUAAAUAUCAACCUGAUCACGAGCUGGUGCUAUAAAAUGCAUCUUGAGUAGUAACGAGCAGUCAAACAUGGCGUUGAUUCAUAAUCCUAAAAACAGCAGUGAGGCAGAAUCAUCUCAUCUUAAAAUAUGUAUAUAUAACUUUUGUCUGAGCUGUAGUUUGAAGCUCAGAAUUGGCCACAGAGUUGAGAUUAUUCUGGAUUAUCUACAGUGGCAUGAGAAAAGUUUCCUGCUCAACUGAUCUCCAAAUAGGACUCGGUUCAAUAUUGUUCAUAUUUUUCGUUGUACAGUUUCAAAACAUUGAUUAACCAAUUAUUAAAUUAUAAUAAUCGUGAACUAUUUUGAUAAUCAUUUAAAUAGUUUAAGUGAUUUUUUCCAUUUCUUAAAUGUGAAUAUUUUCUGGUUUCUUAGCUCCAUAAAACAAAGAAAUCAUUAAAACUGAAUGAAUUUUGUGGACAAAAACAAGACAUUUUGAGAACAUUAAGAUUUUUCAGCAUUUUCUGGACCAAUUAAACGUAUAAUCGAGAAAAUCAUCAACAGAUUAAUCGAUUAUGAAAAUAACUGUUAGCUGCAGUUCUAGUGCCAGGGGUUCCCAAACCUUCCAGUACCUUUUUAACAUUUUUUUUAUUGACAACAUUUUACAACCAGUUUACAGUGUACAAGUAAUUCAGGGUUGGAAAAAAAUUUUUACCGACAAGUUUUUAAUAUUCCGUCGCUGCUUUUGUUCUUAAAAGGAAUCUCUAUACUAAACUUCUAUACGUCCGUGGAUACAAACGUGAUGAUGAAGUAUUUCUUUAAGUGAGAAGAAAGCCACUUAACCCCCACAGUGUCUCCUCUUUAUAUCCAACUAUUGACUGCAUUCCUCUUACAUUUAGUCGAGCAGAACAGAAUAUAUAGCGUUCACACGUUGACGCACGUCAACCAGACUAUUUAUUUAAAAAAAAAGGUGCUUUAAGAAAGACUUGGCUCUGCAGUGAUACUGCAGAGGUGGAGCUUGAUGAUGAUGAUGAUGAUGAUGUAUGUUCUAUUUUUUCUACGAUAUAGAGAUGACUUUAAAAAAAGAUUUCAGUCAGGUUUUUGACUCGCUUUGUGAAACUAGUUUUUUUUUUCUUCACUCCACUGAAAGUUGUGCAUUGCACUUUUUUUUGUAAAAUUUAAGUCCAGUUUUAGAGGACGUAUGAAUAGUUAUGUGUUGCCAUUGAUAAUUAGUGACAGAUCUGUUCUGGAAUGUUAAUUGUACAUUUAUAAAAAAAAAAUGUCUUACAAAAGCCCCCCCCCCCAUUACUUUUGUUAGUAGGAAGAUGUACCCUUGACAUGUUGUCCUUUGCUUGUGAAGUAACGCGUGUGUCAUUACAGAUUUUGUUUACUCAACGGACGGAGAGAAUCUGCCCAUAACUUUAACCCACAUAGGGUUUUCUUGCAGCUUUCAAUUAAUCCACAUAGAGCUGGUCAAAUCAUUUAAAAAAAUAAAAUAUUUAUAUCUAUUCAGAUUCAGCCUAGACCCUGAACUGAAACAACUGUUAAAGCAGAACUACGCAGGAUUUUUUGCCCUAAUUUAACGGCUUCAGAGUCAUUGUGAUGGUUAAAUGUCUUGUUUAUGGGAGAUGGGGGGGGCUGUCUCCACUGCCCCCUACUGUAUUGUAAACACAUACACAAGCCCCCUUGGCCAGGUAGAUCAAGGCGUUAUUUUAGACGUUCAUCAUGGCAGAUCCAUGUGUUCGUCGGCUCUGUUGAAAACAAACUCACAUGGCUCGGGACAGUGAGGAUAAAGAGGUAGAUGGAUGUUUACGGUGGCGUCAUACAAAUAUGUACUCCGAAACUGUAGGAGCUCCGUAGAGACUUGCAAAGUUCUGCUUUAGAGGUUUAAAAAUGAAAUGACGGAGCGCAGCAGUGACACACACACACACACACACACACACACACACCAGGCCUUAGUCUGGUUGUGGUGUGACGUUACAGGCAGGUCCGACACCCUGCUUUCAUCGGUCGAGUGGUUUAUACAUUUUGUUGAUUGAUAAACUAUGAACAGAGUUGUACAUGUGCAGGGAGGGAUUUUCUAUUCUAUUUUAUGGAGUCGUUUUGUAAAACAUGUUCUGUGUGCAUCUUCACAGAAGCCUGUGGCGUGUAAAUGUCAUGUAGUCUAUUUUAAAAUGUUACCUGUCUACGCAGGAGACGAGCCGUCCGACACUCAUCCUCCCGGAGACAAAAUUACUCGAAUUCCAGAUUAUCAUUCAAGCAUUUUGUAAAGCAUAUGAGUUUGUUUCAGUAAAGCUAUUUGCAUCACU